GUUUUAUUUAUCAUUUACACCGCUUGGUCCAGUUUAGUCGUUAGAUGAUCGGUCUGUCUGUCUCAGGGGCUGGGUUUCUCUUCUACCCAAGAAGAGGGGUUGAAAUCAGAGUUUCAAGCAUGACGAGACAAAGACACUGACUUGACAUUGUUAAAUGAUGUUUUAAAAACUUUCAAAACUCACUAUGGCUAUAAGGGAGCUCAAAGUUUGCCUUUUAGGGGACACUGGAGUUGGGAAAUCCAGCAUUGUUUGCCGAUUUGUUCAGGAUCAUUUUGACCACAACAUAAGUCCCACAAUAGGGGCAUCGUUCCUAACCAAAACAGUGCCAUCAGGAAAUGAACUACACAAAUUUCUUAUCUGGGAUACAGCCGGACAGGAAAGGUUUCACUCAUUAGCUCCUAUGUACUACAGGGGAUCGGCUGCUGCUGUCAUUGUUUAUGACAUUACUAAGCUGGACUCUUUCCAGACACUGAAGAAAUGGGUGAAAGAGCUUAAAGAACACGGUCCAGAGGACAUUGUCGUAGCCAUAGCAGGAAACAAGAAUGAUUUAGGAGACAUCAGGGAAGUUCCUAUGAAGGAAGCUAAGGAGUUUGCUGAAUCAAUUGCAGCUGUUUUCAUCGAGACUAGUGCCCGAAAUGCUGUCAAUGUUGAGGAGCUCUUUCAGAAAAUCAGUAAACAGAUCCCACCCCUGGAAAAUCCUGAGGUGGAGAGCAACGAGUCCUUUAAACUCACCCGGCAGCCGUCUGUGUCCGCCAGAAGAUGCUGCUAGUACCAGCAGUGGCUGAUGGGAUUACUUCCCUCAGCACCAGGAACCCCAACAGCACAGCACAUGGUCCACAAUGCACACAGCGUCUUACUCCUGGAAAUGACAAGAAAGUGGACAGACAGAGGUCAGGUUGGACGUGUGGUCAACUGCAACACAAAACAACAAUAUUGUCUAGGUAUUGCACAUUUAUUUCAACUAAUUGUCGCAGUUUCAACUCUAGAAGUAGAAAGCCCUUCAUUUUGUCCCCCUCAGGUGGUGUUUUGCCUGAAUUACAUAAUGAUUUAUAUCUGUAUGGUGAUACUACACAGCUCAUUACAAAGAGACGGUUUUAUCGCAUUUUCCAUGAUAACUUUAAAAUUCAGCACACAUUAAUAACAAGUGAUUUAACUGAUGGGAUUUUUAAACCCUAGUUUUAGCUGUUGCAACUACAUUUACAUGUAAAGACUUAACUGCUCCGUAGAUUUUUCAUUGCACUGUGGCUCUUAAAUGGCACACAUUAAAUGAAGGUUUUAAAAUUAGUUUUUUUAUGGAGCCUUUGUGUACAUUUAUGUAUCACUCUUGUAUAGAAUUGUAUUAGAAUAUUCGGAAUAAGGUUGUUGCGAUCAAACCUUAGACCAACAUUCAGUUCUGUAGUUCAAAUGCAGCGGCUUUACAUUCCACUUCAUCAUGUGUUUUCACACACUUUGACUGUAUAAUGGUUUAACUGUAAUGCUGCAGAAUGUAUAGCUUAGUGGCCUAAAUUUAAAUUCCAAUAUGACACCCCCUGUUGAAACACUGUGACCAAUACUAUAAUUGUUUACAUGGUAAUUUGCUAAAUAUGUUUUCUACAUGCUGAGAUGUAUUGUCUGGGACUUCACUACAGGGAAUGACUGUUACAACAUGUAUUUUUUAUUUGUAUUUUUUAACCUAAGAAGAGAAAAGACCUGCAUGUAUUUUACUCUAAACAUGUCUAAAGCUGUUAGUUCCAAAAGGGUUGUCUUCUAUAUACUAACCAAACUCUGAAGGAACAUAAUGCCCUAAACCAAUCGAUUUAGCUUGCAAAAAGUGUAAAAUCAAGUGUAAACUAAAAUUAUACAUACAGUAUUUGCUGCUGUUAAUUUGGCAGUAAAGCCCUUGGAUUUGUCACUUGAGAUGUACAACCGCACUUUUGUAUACAUUUACCAUUGUUAAUUUGAAGUCACUUUUGUAAGUGUUGAAACAGUUACAGAACUCUUAACUGCAUUUCUUUGAACUGUAAAUGAAAGUUGGCUUGGAUACAACAAGGUUUUAUUAUGGAACAACAUUUCUGGUUCAUGUCAAUAGCUUAAAA